ACUCAUCCUUUCGCUUUUACUCAUUAUUGAACCACGUUUGAACUCGUGACGUGCAAAAGCGAAUAAAGAAGAAAAGCCUCGAUAGAAGUUACAGAUCUUCAUUCAUGAUUAGGUGUUUUGUAAUCAAUGUUGUUGUAGUUUGAUCUGAAUCUGUUGCUCUCAAAUUUGAAACGGAACAGUUGAUUUCUAAUCAAAGCGGUUACUAGGGUUUGAAGAUCGAGUUCGAGAUGACAGAGGUUAUACUCCAUGUAUAUGACGUAACAAACAGCGGUUCUGACAAUACUAACAACGCAAUUCUUCAGAUCAACCGGAUUUUCAAAGACGGCAUCGGUGUCGGCGGCAUUUUUCACAGCGCCGUUCAGGUUUAUGGAGAGGAUGAAUGGUCAUUUGGGUUCUGCGAGCAAGGCAGUGGUGUGUUCUGUUGCCCUGCCAAAAAGAACCCAAUGUACACAUAUCGUGAAUGUAUUGUUCUUGGUAAAACAAAUUUAUCAAAAUCUAAGGUCAACCAGAUCCUGAGAGAACUUAGCAGAGAGUGGCCUGGAAACUGUUAUGACUUGCUUUCGAAAAACUGCAAUCAUUUUUGCAACGAGUUUUGUGAACUCCUUGGUGUCCCUAAACUUCCAGGUUGGGUGAACAGGUUUGCUAAUGCGGGUGACACUGCAGUAGAUAUAGCAGAAACAACAGCUACGCGGUUCAGACAAGCUAAAACAGAGAUUGUGACAGCUAGCAAAGUGGCAUAUCGAUUUCUCGCGGGCAUUUCUUCAAAUAAUACCAACCCGGGGUCUCCAGAUUCCCCUGGUGGUACCAACAGAAACAACCCUAGAUUCCAACAACCUGCUUGGUUUAAAAAUCUUGUGUCUGCUGGAGCAAAACCAUCAACUAGUACUACACUUGAAAUUGGAGACAACCAAGUUCAGAAACCGCAAUAGCAAAGACGAGUAUGAAACAGCAUCCCUGAGGUCACAUGAGAUGUAAAACAUUCUGUGUUUGUUUGUGUACUAGUUUUAUUCAUGUAUGGAUUUGUCACGGUCUUUUCCAUUCUUGCACAAAGUUUGUUUGAACAAAAUUGACUAUUCUUUUUAUUUCUUGUUCCCAGAUUU